UCCCAGCCGUUUGAACUGCGCUGGAGACCUGGACGUGGCUUGGGUGCUUCCUGGGCGCGCUGUGGCAGAAUAAACUGCGCCUAGAUCAGGUACUUGAGCUCGGGAGGACGUCCAAGCCUGAAAGGAAACCCGGCGAAAGGAGGGAAGCGUCCCAAAGGGUAAUAAUCACCAACAGCGCAAGAAACCUAGGAAAUUGCUUCUAGGAGAAUUGUCGGAUGCUGGAAUGAGAACCAGCGCUCCCUAGUGCUCUUCCCGCUGCAUUAAUCCGCGUUGCAUAGAAUAUUCUCCAAGUUCCAGGACCUCUGCAACCCACAAGCACCUUGCCUUCCGCACCACUACCCCACCAGGCCCUAACCCCGACUGUGUCCCGGAGUGGGCGGGACUUCUUUCAGGCUUUCAGCCACCGCAGCCAUCACCAUGGAGAUCGUCUACGUCUACGUCAAGAAGCGCAGCGAGUUUGGGAAACAGUGCAACUUCUCAGACCGCCAGGCUGAGCUGAACAUCGACAUCCCGCCCAACCCUGAGCUGUCCUCGCUGUAUGUGGAGCGGAACCCAGUGGACACGGGCAUCCAAUGCUCGGCCAGCAUGUCAGAACACGAGGCCAACACGGAGAGGUUUGAAAUGGAGAGCUGUGGGGUUAAUCACAUCGAGGGGGGCUGGCCCAAGGAUGUGAACCCCCAGGAGCUGGAACAGACCAUCCGCUUCCGGAAGAAAGUGGAGAAAGACGAGAACUACAUCAAUGCCGUCAUGCAGCUGGGCUCGAUUAUGGAGCAUUGUAUCAAGCAGAACAACGCCAUUGACAUCUACGAGGAGUAUUUUGAUGAUGAGGAGGGUGUGGAGGUGACUGAAGAGGCCCCUUCAGCCAAGACCAUCAAUGUCUUCAGGGACCCUCAGGAGAUCAAGCGGACAGCCACACACCUCUCCUGGCACCCUGAUGGCAACAAGAAGCUGGCGGUGGCUUAUUCCUGCUUGAACUUCCAGCGAGCCCCUGUGGGCAUGAGCCACGAAUCCUAUAUCUGGGACCUGGAAAACCCCAACAGACCAGAAAUUGCCCUGAAACCAUCUUCUCCUCUUGUCACCCUGGAGUACAACCCCAAGGAUUCCCACGUGCUCCUAGGGGGUUGCUACAAUGGGCAGAUAGCCUGCUGGGACACCCGGAAGGGCAGCCUGGUGGCAGAGCUGUCCACCAUCGAGUUCAGCCACCGAGACCCAGUGUAUGGCACCAUCUGGCUGCAGUCAAAGACAGGCACCGAAUGCUUCUCAGCAUCCACGGAUGGGCAGCCAACUAAGUUCAUGGUGGGCACCGAGCAGGGCAUCGUUAUCUCCUGCAACCGCAAGGCCAAGACAUCAGCCGAGAAGAUCGUUUGUACCUUCUCAGGCCACCACGGCCCCAUCUAUGCCCUCCAGAGAAACCCCUUCUACCCAAAGAACUUCCUGACUGUUGGUGACUGGACAGCCCGCAUAUGGUCUGAGGACAGCCGGGAGUCGUCUAUCAUGUGGACCAGGUACCACAUGGCUUACCUCUCUGAUGGAGCCUGGAGCCCUGUGAGACCAGCAGUUUUCUUCACUACCAAGAUGGAUGGGACCCUGGACAUCUGGGACCUGGUGUUCAAGCAGUGUGACCCUGCCCUCAGCCUGAAGGUGUGUGAUGAGGCCCUCUUCUGCCUCCGGGUCCAGGACACCGGGUGUCUCAUUGCCUGUGGCUCCCAGCUUGGAACGACCACUCUGCUGGAGGUCUCCAGCAGUCUCUCCACCCUGCAGAGGAACGAGAAGAACAUAGCAUCUUCUAUAUUCGAACGUGAGACCCGGCGGGAAAAGAUCCUGGAGGCCAGACACCGUGAGAUGCGGCUGAAGGAGAAAGGCAAGGCGGAGGGCAAAGAUGACGAGCAGAAGGAUGAGGAGAUGGCCCUGAACCUUGAAGAGCUAGUUGCCAAAGCUGAAGAGGAGUUCUUCGAGGUCAUCUUUUCAGAGCUGAAGAGAAAGGAGGUAGAGGCAUUGAGGAAGAGCCCGAAGCCUAAAAAGCCAAGUGUGGAGACAGAGGACGUAGAGGACCUGUUGGAAGAGAAUGCCGGUGAGGAGGAAGAAGCCGGCGAACAAGCUGGUGAAGAGAGAGAAGAGGAUGUGUCCCCCUAGGGCAGCAUCUGCCCACAGCGCUGUCCCUUUGUGUCCCUGCCGAGCCUUCUCCAUGCCACCUCCUCUGACAAGGGAAAGCUGAGUUUCUUUCUUCGACAGUUUUGGAUGGGGACGGAUCAGGGACAGUCACUGCCCCAUACUGGGGCUGAGCCCCGUGUGCACCCCUUUUUAGUUGGGGGGGAAGGGAUAGGGCUAGCUCCUCCGACUUCAGCUACCCCAUAGCUCAUUCCAGCUCAGGACACACACAGCCUUCAGUUAGACUACACACACACACACACACACACAGAUACACACACACACAUGGCUAGAUACAGACCUAGAUUCUGCUUAUCACAGGUUCCCCAAUUAAGAGUUACUAGGUGCCUUUCUCUAGAAGCUUCCAGAGCUCAGCUGAGCAUGCCCCCAUGGUACAGGGGCCCCAAGAGCACCUACAGAGGGGCAUGUUUCUUUCUCCCUCUCCACCCCCCUCACCUACUUUCAAAUAGGAACAGAAGCUUUGUCCCCUUCUCCAAUGAAUGCCUCUCCAGGCAGCCCGCAGCGGGUAUCUUGACACAUAGCCACAUAAGGCGGUCUACGAGAAAAUGGGUAGAUGGACCUGGCUCUCCUUGUACAUGCAUGCCUCUUAUUACUAUGCUUUUUAUAAAAAUUAAAUCAGUGA